GAGAAAAAGAGGGUGGCGCAUGCGCGUUAUGCCGACGCCAUCUCUAAACUACUGUGCAUAAUACUUGUUGAAAGAUUUCUUUUAUCUAAACCAAACUUAGUUUUAUUAUUUUGUUGUUAAAAGUGUUAAUUAUGAAAUUAUUUUACCAUCAACGAGGUUAAGUGUUCGUUAGUUGUAAAUGACGUUAGUGGCCUGAGCACCAUCUACGGUUGUCGGAAUCUUGCGGAAGUUUCUUAGAGCAACGCAUAUUUUUUGCGGUUGCUUCCCCGCAAUCGCUACGGAUACUCAGAUAUUUCAUGAACGUUUGGCGGCUAAUUUGUUACUGUGUGAACGUCUGAAAAACGCGUCAAGUGUUGUCGUCGUUUGAUAUGAAUUCUGCUUUAAAGCCGGUGCUGCCCCAGCCGGGGGUCCCGCAGCCGGGCGGUCAAGCGAGCCCCGCGAAGGCCAACGUGGCCAACGCCAACCACACCGUCGCUCUUCCACAAGGUGCUCAAAACUCCCUCCACCACGGAUCAAAUAACCUCGUCGGACAAAAUCUGACGCAUCACGUGAAUGCUCCGCCGGUUCCACCUCUCGCUGUACCCUCCAUGGCGCCGGUGACGGCGAACAUGGCACAAAUGGCGCAAAAUAUGAGUCACCAUGGAAAUUUAUCACAUGUCACGCAAAACUCUGUCCCACCACCGAGUCCCAGUAAACCUGUAUCUACAAGUGCUCCGCUAAGCUUAGUACAGGAGAAGGCGAAUACCUCUCAGCCUCUUGCUCUAACAAGAACACCAGAAAAGAAGGAACCGGAUUCCAGUAGCCAUGCAAAUGGUACAAUUGAGUCACCAAAAACAGGAACAAAUGCACCAACAACACUUAAGGCACAAAACCCUGAAACUAAUAAAGACAAACAGGAUAUUGCUAAGACUUCACCGAGUACACCAAAGCCACCUGAGAAAUCACCUGAAAAACCAUCAAGUACUCAGUGUACACCUCAAAAGAUUGACAGCCCAAAUACACUCAGUCAAACGGAAAGUCCUGCUCAACCAAAAGUUGCUACGGCCAAUGAAGCACCAGAGAAAUCACCAACUAAACCAUCAGAGCUCAAACCGACAACACCAGCAGAUGUUGCUCCCACGCAAGGCAACACCAAACCGGUACUAGAAACAGCCAACAGCAGCCAAGAUAAAGUGUCUUCAUCUCCACCUCAGGAACAGGAAUCUGUUUCAGACAGUGUCAAACCAGACUCACCAUUAAAGCCAGAAGAAAAGAAAGAAGAACCAAGUGAAAAACCUCCACAGGUAGAAGAAAAAAAUGAAGAUGUCAAAGAAUCCACAGAACCUCCAAAAGAAGGACAGACAGUUAAAGUUGUAAAGCCCGAGGAGAAAGUAGAAGAGAAGAAAGUUGAAGCUAAGACUACAAUAAAGCCUGAAGUAAAAGCAACUCCAAAGUCAACAAUGAAGUUAGCAACAGUCACUCCACCAAUGAGAAAGAGAAGACAGCUUUCCCCAACGAAAGCUACUGAUGGAGUCACACCCGCAAAGAAGUUGUCAGAUGUAGAGUCCACACCUGAUACUAGGAUCAAAAGGAAUAGAACUAAGGUGCAACUGUAUCAAUCUCCAACUCCGGAAAUUGCAAUGGCCACAAAACUAUCAGCGUCUGCUGGCCGCUCCACACCCACUAAGCCUAAUGAUGAUAAGCUUAUUGUAUUUUACAAGAACGAGUACCUAGCAGUACGUAACGCGGAGGGAGGGUUCUAUGUAUGCCAGACGGUACAGAAUGUGUACCGCACCACGAGGAAGAUCAAGAUACGUUGGCUCUCGCAGGACAAGACGGACCCAUCUGGAGAGACGUACAAACCUGACUUCUAUGAUGUCACAGACAUGGAAUGUGUACUUACGACAUUGUCGUUAACGAGGGCACCAGCCGGUGGUGGUGCUCAGUUACUAAAGCCGGCUGAAGAGGCACGGGCGAAGUCCAUCUUAGAGAGGGCUAUCAAGGCUGAGCAGAGCGGGGCCAACAACUUGGAGCUGACGGAGGAGCACCCUGAUGGCCUUGUGUUUGCAGUGGACCUGUCUCUGUACACGGACGAGUCUCAGCUGGAGAAGGCUCGCAAGCGACGCAGCUCCAAGUCCUCGCGCGGAAAACUCACUGACACUGACACCGCGGAAGAAGAAACACCAAUAAAAAAAAGUCGAACUGUCACCAAACGCAGUCCGAAGCAUUCGAAGCGUACGAGUGCGAAGCGGAAAGUGGCAAGUAGCUCGCCCGCUGCGGCGGCCGCUAGCAAGGUAGGCAUUGUACGACGGAUAUAUAGACAUACAGCGACUGCGGUGACGGAGAAGACGAAGGCGAAGUUGACACCGGCCAAACGCACUCCCACCAAGACAGUCAAAACUGACACACCUGUCACCACGCCCGUACGCAAAGCUCGCAGAACUGGUAAAGAAAGGAAACCAUCUCCAAUAGUGCCCACUCCGUCGACAUCGACGGGUAAAACAACUCGCACGCCGAGGAAACCUCCCGCAAAGAAAUAAUAUUAAAUAUAACAAGUUUGUGAGUGAAUAGAACUAUUACUAACUGCCUUCAUGGCCUCAGUACUUUAAAUUAUUACAAUAUAUUUAUUUGGAUAAUUUUGUUCGGUAUUUUUGUGUUUUUUCUCAACGAUUUCUAGCAAUAAAGUUACGUUUACCGAACAUGUACAAGUAAGGGUUCAUGGUAUGUACUUUUGUACAUAAAGCAACAUAAAAAUGCAUAAAAACUUUUUAUGUAAAACUUUUUUUUUACACU